UUCCUGGAGGAGGAGGAGUGUCUGGGAGACCCUUGGGAGGUUUCCUGACUUGGGGAGAGAGAGAGUGCCUUCCUUCCUUCCUUCCUUCCUUCCUUCCUUCCUUCCUUCCUUCCUUCCUUCCUUCCUUCCUUCCUUCCUUCCUUCCUUCCUUCCCAGAGGGGGCCAUGGCUCUCCUGCUGCCCAGGUUGGAGCCUGGCUGCAAGGAGAGGCCGCAGGAGGGAAGCCAGCCCGGUGGUGCAUCUUCAGGCCCAGCAGAGCCAAGCCAGGACCCUCCGCCUGCCUUUCCUGCUGCUGCUGCUGCUGCUGGGAAUGGAGGGCAGUGGUGGGGAGGAGGAGGAGGAAGCCUUCUGGUGGGGAAGGAGGAGGAGGGGGGGGCUGCCAAGGGGAGAGCCCCCACCACCUUCAGGGGCAGAGCGCCAGAGCUUCAGGCAGUUCACCUACCAGGAGGCCUUGGGGCCCCGAGAGGCCUGCAGCCGCCUCCACUCUCUCUGCCGCCUGUGGCUGAAGCCCCAGCGACACUCCAAGGCGGAGAUGCUGGACCUGGUCAUCCUGGAGCAGUUCCUGGCCGUCCUUCCUGCCGAGAUGGAGCGCUGGGUCAGGGAAUGUGGGGCAGAGACCAGCUCCCAGGCCGUGGCCUUGGCUGAAGGCUUCCUCCUGAGUCGGGCCCAAGAGGAGAAGGAGACACAGGCGGCGGACUUGUGUGCAGAAGUGGCCUCCGCCUUGGAAAGGCCUCCCUCCACCUUCAGCUGGAUGCCGGAUUGUGCAGGACAAAUGGAACCACCCAGCUCCACAAGAUGUGGAUCAGAACCAACACAUACUGGAUUACCUUUUCCUUCUGACUCACGCAGCACACCUUUUGUGACACCAGAUCAGGUGACCUUCCAAGAGGUGGCUGUGUCCUUCAGUGAGGAGGAGUGGGCCCUGCUGAAUCCGGACCAAAGGUCCUUGUAUCAGGAGGUCAUGGAGGAAAUUCUGGAGACUGUGUCCUCUUUAGCAAAUCACGGAGAAGGGGAACCAUCUCAAUACCGGGACUGUGGAGAGAAUCAGGAGCUGUGUCUCUCUCGUCAGCAAGCAAUGACCACUAAGAGGAAGCCCUUCAAGUGCUUGCAGUGGGGAAAAUGUUUCCGCCAGAGGAAAAGCAUUGCUAAGAAUCAAGCAACUCACACCAGAGAGAAAAAGUUCAAAUGCUUGGAGUGUGGAAAGUCUUUUAUUCGAAAGGGAUAUCUCACUACUCAUCAAAGAAUUCACUCAGGGGAAAAACCGUUUAAAUGCUUGGAAUGUGGGAAGAGUUUCACUUAUAAAACAAGCCUCACCUAUCAUCAAGCAAUCCAUUCUGGGGAGAAGCCAUUUAAAUGCUUGGGGUGUGGGAAAGGCUUCAUUGAGAAGAAAUGCCUGACUUCUCAUCAAACAAUUCACUUAGGGGAGAAACGGUUUAAAUGCUUGGAAUGUGGGAAGAGUUUCAAUUAUAAAACAAGCCUCACCUAUCAUCAAGCAAUCCAUUCUGGGGAGAAGCCAUUUAAAUGCUUGGAGUGUGGGAAAGGCUUCAUUGAGAAGAAAUGCCUGACUUCCCAUCAAACAAUUCACUCGGGGGAGAAACGGUUUAAAUGCUUGGAAUGUGGGAAGAGUUUCACUCAAAAGUUAGGCCUCACCUAUCAUCAAACAGUCCAUUCUGGGCAGAAGCCAUUUAAAUGUUUGGAGUGUGGGAAGAGUUUUACUCAUAAGUCAAGCCUCACCUAUCAUCAAGCAGUCCAUUCUGGUGAGAAGCCAUUUAAAUGCUUGGAGUGUGGGAAAGGCUUCAUUGAGAAGAAACGCCUGACUUCUCAUCAAACAAUUCACUCGGGGGAGAAACCCUUUAAAUGCUUGGAAUGUGGAAAGUCUUUUACUCGGAAGGCACGUCUCACUUCUCAUCAAACAAUUCACUCUGGGGAGAAAACCUUUAAAUGCUUGGAGUGUGGAAAGAGUUUCACUCAUAAGUUAAGCCUCACCCAUCAUCAAGCAGUCCAUUCUGGGGACAAGCCAUUUAAAUGCAUGGAGUGUGGGAAGGGCUUCAUUGAGAAGAAACGCCUGACUCAUCAUCAAGCAAUUCAUACUGGUGAGAAGCCAUUUAAAUGCUUAGAGUGUGGGAAGAAUUUCACGCACAAGGUAGGCCUCAGUAAUCAUCAAGCUACUCAUACUGGGGAGAAGGCAUUUAAAUGUUUGGAGUGUGGAAAGAGUUUCAGUCAGAAGAUACACCUGAGUAAUCACCAAGCUAUUCAUACUGGGGAGAAGCCAUUUAAAUGCUUGGAGUGUGGAAAGGGCUUCAGUCAGAAGACACGUCUAACUUAUCAUCAAGCAAUUCAUACUGGGGAAAAACCAUUUAAAUGCUUAGAGUGUGGGAAGGGCUUCGCUCACAAGAUAAGCGUCACCAAACAUCAAAUUACUCAUACCAGGGGGAAGCCAUUUAAAUGCUUGGAGUGUGGGAAGAGUUACACUCAGAAGACGGGUCUAACCAAUCAUGAAGCUACUCAUACUGGGAAGAAGCCAUUUAAAUGCUUGGAGUGUGGAAAAAGUUUCACUGAGAAGAAAAGCCUCAUCUAUCAUCAAGCUACUCAUAGUGGGAAGAAGCCAUUUAAAUGCUUGGUGUGUGGAAAGAGUUUCACUGGGAAGAAAAGCCUCACCUAUCAUCAAACGACUCAUACUGGGGAAAGGCCAUUUAAAUGUUUGGAGUGUGGAAAGGGCUUCAUUCAGAAAAGAAAUCUGAGUUGUCACCAAGCAGUUCAUACUGGGGAGAAACCAUUUAAAUGCUUGGACUGCGGGAAGGGCUUUGCUCACAAAAUAAGCCUUACCAAUCAUCAAGCUACUCAUACUGGGGAGAAGCCAUUUAAAUGCCUGGAGUGUGGAAAGGGCUUCAUUCAGAAGAGAUAUCUCAGUUGUCACCAAGCAAGUCAUACUGGGGAGAAACCAUUUAAAUGCUUGGAGUGUGGGAAGGGCUUCGCUCACAAGAAAAACCUUACCAAUCAUCAAACUACUCAUACUGGGGAGAAGCCAUUUAAAUGCCUGGAGUGUGGAAAGGGCUUCCCAUACAAGGAAAAGCUCACACAACAUCGAAGAAUCCACACUGGAGAAAAACAAUUUCAAUGCUUGGAAUGUGGAAGAAGUUUCAAACAGAAGAAAAGCCUCCAUCUUCAUCAAGUGAAACACACAGGGGAAGAAAAACCGUUUAAAUACCCUUUUGCCAGUAGAAACACCUCCCUCCUUUUCCCUCAUCCAAACCAUGAAGAGACUGAAUGUCUACAAUAAGGAGAAAUAACUUUAAAAUUCUAUUUCUUUGUUGUUCUUUUUUCAGGCAUGACUGGAAGUUUAAAAAAUAUUUCUUUCUGAACAAACUUGCUUCUUUAUAUGAAAUAUCAAAACAAGUGUUGCUGAAAAUAAGACAGAAGGUCAAAAAAGAGGUUUCAAGCUAGAUAAGAUUCAUAUCCAGGAAUGUGAAGUAUGUCUUGGGACUCCACUUUUUCCCCCUACAAAGAGGGCUCAAAGCAGUUGUUCUCUUUGCUCUUCUUUGAUGAGCAUGAAAAGAUGUCUGCUGUGGGUUAGAUGGAUAGCUAGGCCUUGUUCACUUUCCUAUCUAGUGAUGUUCUUUUAAUAAAGUCUAUUAUAACUCGUUAAGCUUGAUUCUGCUCCUGAAUUGCUUAAGCUCAAUUGCUCUGUUGCUGCCACCAGAAGCUUCUCGUUUGCUGAACGGCUACUGCUACAUCUGUUGCUGCUGAUUUAUCUUUUUUGAGUGCUUUCUCCUUUUAGAAGAUUUAGAAGUAUUUAAGUGGGUUAAAUAUAUAUCUCAAACAAAUUAUAUAUUUAGUUUUUAAUUAAAACAUUUUCAGUUGGUUUUUUUUAAAAAAAAUUACUAGCUUGUUUAUCCGGCAAUAAAAAAGCAUUGUUUGUUUUGGUGUGAAAGGUAAUAUUGUUUAGUUAAUUAGUAACACUAUUACUAAUUAAUAGUAAUUGUGAUAGUAAUAGUAAUACUAAUAGUAACUGCGGUGGCGCAGUGGGUUAAAGCACUGAGCUGCUGAGCUUGUUGAUCGCAAGGUUCGAUUCCGGGGAGCAGCGUGAGCUUCCGCUGUCAGCCCUAGCUUCUGCCAACCUAGCAGUUCGAAAACAUGCAAAUGUGAGUAGAUCAAUAGGUACCGCUCCGGCGGGAAGGUAACGGCGCUCCAUGCAGUCAUGCCGGCCACAUGACUUUGGAGGUGUCUACGGACAACGCUGGCUCUUCGGCUUAGAAGUGGAGAUGAGCACCACACCCCAGAGUCAGACAUGACUGGACUUAAUGUCAGGGGAUUACCUUUACCUAACACUAUUUAUUAGAAAAAAAACAGUUUUUGAGUUGUUUUUUUUUAUGAAUGCCCCCAUUAGAAAAUGCAUAAGGAUGUGGUGAACUACAAUUCCCAGAAUCGUGGGCCCAAACCAGGUCUGUGUGCACAGUUGCCCAUGUUGAAUUUAUCUUCCAGGUUUGGUGCAAAUCCGACAUUGGCUGGGUUUGAGUGCUCUCUGGAUACAGAUGAACUACAAUUCCCAGAUUCCCAGGGCAGUCACCCCCAAACCCUGUCUUUAUUCACAGUUGGGCCUGUUGCAUCUGUUUGCCAAGUUUGUUGAGCUACAACUCCUAUAAAUCAAGGUCAAUUCUGUCAAUGUAAGAUUAAUGUAAUGUGAAUGUUUAAAUGUAAUUUUUGUGCAAUGCCUGUGAAUGUAAUUAUGUGAAUGUAAUUAUGUGAAUGUGAAUUAGCAGAGAGUAUAUUGACACUGAAAGGGUUAAACAGUCAAGCCUUUAAUGAGCUGUGAAGAUGUGACCCUGAGUUUGCCUUGAGCACGUAGGGAGGAUCCAAAGAUAAGGUUUCGUUCGUCCUUCUUACUUCUGUGUGUUUUUUGUCUUGUUUCUGUCUGUCUGGUUGGAUGUAAAUGUGAAUGUGUGCUGUAUAUUUGAUCUACUCAGUAAAGCUCAAUGUUUGCUUUUA